AUGUCCAAAGAGACUUCCUCUACCACGACGGCCGAGCUACUCUUGGAGAAGCUCCGGAGCUUGCCAGAACACGAGACACAAGCAUUGGUGCACCAAAUACGCGAGGGUGAUGAUAUGGAUGCGUUGGCCGCAUCGCUACGAAACAAUGUUUCAAUUCGAUCGUCGCGAUCAAGAGAUUCUGAGCCUCAGGAAGGCGACCUCUCCUCGUACAUGGCGGCCACCACGUUCCUAAACGGGGGUGUUUCGAGGGUGUUCGGCUCGACAAGUGGCAUGGGUCAAGUCAAGGAACCGGAUAGCGAGACCGGCUAUCGAUCCAACGUAGUGGCUUCCUACGACACCUGGACAAACGUCACAAAAGAUGGUGACUUUGUGCGCCACCUACUACAGACAUACUUCGAAAUCUGGAAUCCAUAUUACAACUUUAUCCCUCAGAAGCCCUUCUGGGAUAGCUUUAAUGUAGGAAGCACAAAGUAUUGUAGUCCUCUGCUGGUCAACGCCGUGUGUGCACUGGCCUGUCAUGCAUCCGACUUACCUGGCGCACGCACCGUACCCAGCGAUCACAGAACUUCUGGCGACCACUUCUUCGUAGAAGCGAGGCGAAUACUGUUUGACGAUGAGACCCCUUGCAUCACUAGUGUUCAGGCGCUCUCCAUAAUGGCUCUUCGAGAGCCGGCCGCUGGUCGAGACAGUAGUGGCUACAUGUACGCCGGUCGAUGCCUGCGCAUGAGCCUAGAACUUGGGCUGCAUCUACGUUACGCUGGCCCAGACAAGCUUGAUCCCGUCGAAGAAGAAGUCCGAAACGUAACCUUCUGGGCUUGUUUCUGUUUUGAGACGGCCUGGACAUUGUGUGUUGGACGGACAUCCCAGCUUCCUCGAGCUGCUAUCACGUCCCUAAAACCGGUGCCCAAGGAGCCCCUUCAUUCCGACCCACGGGGUUCUCUUCCCUCACCUACGCCUUCGAUUACGGGGAAAGAUGCUACGACCGACAGCACCGAAAGUCGUCAUAUUUUAUACCAUCUUUCAACCUUGUCUGAGCUUGCAAACGAUAAUGUCUUCACAUUUUACGCGCCCCAAGAGCGCUUUACAUCUAGGAAACUCCUUGAUUGUUUCUACAAGUAUGAAUCUUGGUACAGAGGGCUACCCAAAGCCUUCAGAGUGGACCAAAAAGCUCAGUCUCCUCCGUCACGUGCUGUGUUGGAACUUUCCGCAUGGUACCAGGCGUGUCUCAUCAUGCUGUUCCGUCCACUGAUCAAGGUCUCGCUCACAAAUUCCGACGUCGUUCCGCGAGACGUCUGUCUUAAUGCCGCGAAUGAAAUUACACGAUUGAUGAGGAUCUAUCGCAACUCAUAUGGCUUUCGUCGUGUGAAUACUAUACUAUCUCACAUCAACCUGUCAUGCUCAAUGAUACACCUCAUCAACAUCCAAUACGAAGACUCGAAACUGUGUCUUAUUCAAGACAUGAAAAACCUUGAGGAUAUGUCAGAGAGCGCGUAUUUCGCGGCGCGAGCUUUCCGUACUAUCUGUGCUUUGGCUGAACAAUGGAAAGCAAAAAUUCCGCCAGAAGUCUUGCAGAACAGCAAGCUUGUUCCAUCUGAUGGCGCUAUAUUCUCUCCCGUUCCCAAUGGCCCUUUCAUCGAAUCUUCUCAUACCAGUAAAUCUACCGCGGGAGGACAAUCAACUCCUGAUUCCCAGGCCGGAACGGAACCCAGACUCCAUCCCCAUUCGAUACCAGUGCAGCAUCCCCCAAUGCCCCAGCAGCCACAAGCAGCAACACACCCUCCUGUGAAUCAGCCAAUAGCAUCGAUGAGUGAUCUCCCUAAUAUGACGGCACAGAUGCAUUUCCAGCCGCACUUUCCGUUUCCAGCUCCGGCCGAUGGAAAACCUGUGCUGGCCUCACAUCCAUCAGUGACAUCGGUAACGCCUUCACAUCGCCAGCAACAGCCACACAUGCAUGACUCGACACAAGCAAACCACCCACCGGUCCAUCCUUCAUCGUACAAGCCGUCAGACGCAUCUGCCGCCCAACAGCUCUUCUGGUCGCCGUUCGGCGGCAACACGACCCCUCUUCUUGGUAACAAUAUCAAUGUAUCGCCCAUGGACCUGAGCAAUAUGCUAGGCAACGUCGAUACGUGGGAGCAACUAGGUCGCGACGGAUUCAGUCUGACGGAGUGGAACAGUCAGCCCCAGCAACAGCCUCAGCAGACGCCACGGAAGGAUGAACUGGCGUAUGGUGUGCAGGGUGUGCCUCUGGAGGCACCAUCCAACGCGGGAGGUUGGGCACAGCACGGACAUCCGCAUAUGCAUGUGCAGGCUCAAAUUCAACAACAACAACAGCAGCAGCAGCAGCAGCAACCGUAUGAGCAUCAACAACCGCAACAGCAUCAACAGAGGCAUAGUGCAAAUCCAAGGAACGACGAUGCAUGGGAAUAUACGCAGUGGAACCACCAUAUAGGAUGA